CACUGCACCGGCCCGGACGCAAUUAGGAACUAUUUUAACGACCAUUUUCAGAGUCUGCUCAAAGGAACUCAGUUUGGAUACAAAUUAAUAUUUAAUAUUCUAUAUGGAAGUUUCUGUUUAUAUUCUGAGCAACUUUGUCGCUUCAAACGUGGGAAGAUACAUUAUUUCAACGAAGAAGAAUAAAGUAUGUCAAGAGAUGUUAUGAGCCUGUGACUUUGUCUUUGCUUUGUUGGAUUUGGAAACAUUUACAAACUAAACGUGUCAAACAUGCGGGAGUUUGAUGGAGUUGGAAGCGUGUCACGCCGUGAACCGAGCGGCUCCGCUCACCGGAUUUACCUGCCCUUCAUUCUGCUGCUGCUCAUGUUUACUCCCAGUGUGGACUCGUCUUGGUGGUACAUUGGUGCAUUAGGUGCACGGGUCAUAUGUGACAACAUUCCAGGGCUGGUGAACAAGCAGAGGCAGCUCUGCCAAAGACACCCAGAUCUUAUGCAAUCCAUCGGGGAAGGAGCCAAAGAGUGGAUCCGAGAAUGCCAGCACCAGUUCCGACACCAUCGCUGGAACUGCAGCACGCUGGAGAGAGACCAUACUGUGUUCGGCCGCGUCAUGUUGCGCAGUAGCCGUGAAGCAGCAUUCGUUUAUGCAAUCUCCUCUGCGGGAGUCGUUUAUGCCAUCACUAGAGCUUGCAGUCAAGGAGAGCUUAAGAUCUGCGGCUGCGACACCCACAGGAGAGGCAGGGCGAGCGAUGAAGAGGGCGACUUUGACUGGGGCGGUUGUAGCGACAACAUCAACUACGGUAUUAAGUUUGCCAAAGCUUUUGUGGAUGCCAGAGAGAGGAUGGUCAAAGAUGCCAGAGCACUGAUGAAUCUGCACAACAACCGCUGUGGGAGAAUGGCAGUAAAGCGUUUUAUGAAGACUGAAUGCAAGUGUCAUGGAGUCAGUGGGUCAUGUGCUCUCAGGACGUGCUGGCUGGCUAUGUCUGAUUUCCGGCGAACGGGGGACUACUUGAGAAAGAAGUACAAUACUGCUGUGGAGGUCACCAUGAACCAGGAUGGUUCAGGCUUCAUGGUUGCUGACCGAGAUUACAAGAGAACGACCAAAAAUGAUCUAGUAUACAUUGAGAACUCUCCAGACUAUUGUCUAAUGGACAGAUCGGCGGGUUCUCUGGGUACAGCAGGACGGGUGUGUAACAAGUCUUCCAGAGGCAUGGACGGCUGCGAGGUCAUGUGCUGCGGCCGCGGGUACGACACCACGCGUGUGAAACGUAUGAGCAAAUGCGAGUGCAAGUUCAAAUGGUGCUGCGCUGUGGAGUGCAGGGACUGUGAGGAAACUGUGGACGUUCACACCUGUAAACCACAUAAGAAACCCGACUGGCUCGAUUUGACCUGACUGCCACGACAUUGACCAAUCAGCAGCUACUGGUGCUUUUCUGUUCUCAGGUUUUUGAAGUGGGCCACCGCAAUGUGGGAUGUGCAGUUUCUGACUAUAACGCUCUGAUCUCCACUUGCAGAACCCUGAACUUUACCCUCCUUCAAUGAUGCAAGCGCAGAGAUCACAGGCCAGUCUGGAGCACUGGUAGACGGUUGGUGUCAUGGGAAAUCAUACAGUAGGCAUUGUCUGGUGUUUAAUAGAAUGAACUGUGAUCAGGACACAAUCCUUUCACUAUUUGCAAACUGUGAAACACCUUUUACUGAUAAUAUGUGUGCCUAUCGAAUUAUGUUUUUGGACAGCUUUGAUAAAUGCAUCGAUGGAGUUUUAGGGAAGAACAACAUGCGGCAUCAGUUCAAGAUUCCAUAGCAAUAAAUCGCAUUUCACGCCAAGAACAAUUCCAUUUAACAGUUCAAAAUAAUACUUUGAAGGGUGCUGUAAAAAUGAUAUUCAACAGUGAUAACUGUUUCCCUUCAUUUACCUUUACAUGGACCAUAAUUCUGAUACAUGACUUGUGCAUGAAAUAAUCAGAUCAAUGAUUAAUUUAUAGUGAAAUGCCAUUGUCACUGUAUUUCAGAGAAAUAUAUCUUUCAUGUUAUCUUUUGAAAAUACCUAAGCACUUAAACAUCCCUUCAAAUAUGAGCACUUUUUUUGGUUUGGUAAAGUUUGGUUCCAAAAACUUUUUUUUCCCUGAUGGAUUUCUCAGUGAAAUGUGAUGUUUAUUGAAAUAAAGAGUCCAAACCAUCAAAUACCAUGACUGUAGACUGUUUGCACAUUGCGAUUAGAUUCAUUUCACGCAGAACAUAAAACUGUACACUCAAAUCUGAUUGGCUAGAUUCUGUGCAAUUUCUGAAUAGGGUUGAGUUACAUUUUAGACACAAGUUACUGUUUUUGCUGUCUUUUGCCAACGAAAAUAGUCUCAAACAAAGCCACAGAAGAACUGUUUUGAAUCUCUGAGUGACACAUGACCAACCCAGGCUCAUUGGAAAUACGUGCCUUUACAUACAUUUCUGCAGCAUUGUAAUUACGUACUUUACUGCACGUUUCUGGACCGGGACGUGCGUCUAAAUGUUAAUGCUCUAUCGUGUUGGAAAUAUCCACUACACCAAACACAACCCUAAUCCUAAC